AUGUUUCUUCACUGGCUGGCAUUUGCACUCUUUCUGAGAUAUGGCAUCGCACUUCCGACGGAACAACAACCUUUGAUAGCGGAGUCUCUGGAUGAAAUACCAAGGGCGCCCUCGCAAGACUUGGUCAAGGAGAAGGCCCUGCACGGAAGAUUUCUACACAUCACAGACUUCCACCCGGAUCCAUUCUACGAAAUCCACUCCUCCACCGAGGCAGACGCAGCCUGCCAUCGAGGCAAUGGACCUGCUGGAGUCUUCGGCGCCGAGACUACAGACUGCGACUCCCCCACAACCCUAGUCAACGCUACUUUCAAAUGGAUAAACGACCACCUGAAAGACACGAUCGACUUCGUCAUUUGGACGGGAGACUCUUCACGCCAUGAUUCGGACGAGGAAAUACCGAGAACAGAGCAGGAGAUUAUAUUAACGAACAAGCUGCUGGUAAACAAGUUCGAAGAAGUCUUUGGCAAAGAGGAUGAUACGGACCCUAAGAACGACCUCACUAUACCGAUCGUUCCGAACUUUGGGAACAACGACAUUAUGCCCCACAACAUCAUGCAACCUGGGUCCAACAAGUGGACGCAGAAGUAUCUGAGUGUGUGGAGGAAGUUCAUACCAGAAGAGCAAAGACAUGGCUUCUCAACUGGAGGAUGGUUUUCCGUCGAAGUCAUACCCAACCAUCUUGCGGUCUUCAGCCUCAACACCAUGUACUUAUUUGAACACAACACUGCAGUGGACGGAUGCGCCGAUAGAUCUGAGCCAGGUUACCAGCAGAUGGAGUGGCUCAGGAUCCAGCUACAAUUCGUGCGCAACAGAGGCAUGAAGGCUCUGCUGAUGGGACACGUACCGCCAGCAAGGACAGAAGCAAAGCUGCUGUGGGACGAGACGUGCUGGCAGAAAUACACCCUUUGGCUACAGCAAUACCGAGAUGUGAUCGUCGGGUCACUAUAUGGGCACAUGAACAUCGAUCACUUCUUGCUUCAGGACCACAAGGACAUCAGCAACAAAGCGUUGAGAGGCAAGAGGCAUUCUAUUUCACGAACGGCUCUUGAUGACGAACUGACUGUUCAAUCAAAUGCCGAUUACUUGACGGAGCUGCGCGCGGGGUGGUCCCAGAUACCAGACGCCCCAAAGACGAAAUCAAGAUCAAGAUCAAAAUCAAAAUCAAAAUCAAAAUCAAGCUCUGGCUCUGGCUACUUCUACGACCUAUUCGAAAGCAUCAACAAAAGGAAGAAGCACAAGAUGACGAAGGAAGAGAAAUAUCUGGAGAAGAUUGGCGGACAGUGGGCUGAACGCUACAGCGUCAGUUUAGUCUCGCCGAGUAUUGUCCCAAAUUACUUUCCUACGUUGAGGGUUAUUGAAUAUAAUAUUUCGGGCCUCGAGAACCUUCCAGUCGCGCGCGCAAACUGCCAUGAGAAGAUGACACUGCAGGAAGCUGAGGAAGCUCACUGCUUCAUAGAAGAUGAAGCCGAGGAGGACUCAAUUGAGAUCGAGAAAAAGAAAAGCGAUAAGGAAAGAGGCAAGAAAAAGAAGACGAGGAAGCCUAAACUCACCAUCCCCAAACCACCCUCCAAGUCGGCGCCUCCUGGACCUGCAUACUCCCCUCAAACCCUAUCGUUGCUUGGUUACAAGCAGUACUUUGCGAACCUCACCCGCAUCAACGACGACUUUGGGCAAGACCAGGUUGUCGGCGAAGAAGGAUGGCAUAAUGGCAAACACCGCGGGAAAAUACCGCAUAAGGACAAGUUGAGACAUCACAACAAGUUCAAGUACGAGAUCGAAUAUGAUACCCGGAAUGACUCAGUCUUCGGAUUGAAGGAUCUGACCGUGAGGAGUUACGUUAAUCUGGCGGGACGGAUCGGGCAGUACAAGCCCCCAAAGAGCGAUCGUAUUGAAGAUGUCGACGGUGAAGACUCAGCUGCCACGGAUGCCGACGUGGACAUGGUAGCUUGCGGAGACCAUGAGCUCGCUGCAUCGAAGAAAAAGCAUAAGAAGCACGGCAAGAAACACAAGCACCGGAAGGCCAUCAACAAGGUUUGGUUCACCUUUGUCAACCGCGCUUUUAUUGGCACACGGGAUGAUGACGAGCUCCAUGAUGAAUUUGGACAGGAGGUAUAG